GGAAAAUCUAAAACCCGCUUUUCUAACCAAAAACUAACAUAAUGCCUCAUUCGCCCUAACAAGACGACGUCGCCGCCCUUGACUCUCACCUCUCACAGAGAUGGCCGGCUCCGACUCCGACUCCGACUCCGAUGGCGACAUGGCUCUCCUCUCCACCCUACUCGAAGAAGAUACCGGAUCACAAGGAAACCCUACCGGAGACGGAGACGGAGUCGGAGACGGAGGCGCCGUUGAGUCCCACCACCUCCGAUCCAUCGACGCGGCGAUCGUGGUGCGGCAGCUCCCCUCGCGAGGCCUCUCCUUCCAAGUCGGCCUCGCCGCCGCCGCCGCCCUCCGCGCCCGCGUCGUCCUCACCGACCUACCCCACGUCCUCCCCAACCUCCAUUUCAACGCCCGCGCCAACGCCCCGCUCCUCGCCUCCCGCGGCGCCGCCGCCGUGCGCCAGCUCCGCUGGGGCGAGCGCGACGACCUCCUCCCCCUCGCCGCCUCCGAGGGCCCGUUCGACGCGGUCCUCGGCUCGGACGUGGUCUACUACGACCACCUCUUCGACCCGCUGCUGGAAACCCUAGGGCACCUCGUGAGGGGGGAGGUGGCGUUCGUAAUGGCGCAUCUGAGGAGGUGGAAGAAGAGGGACGCGGUGUUCUUCCGCAAGGCCAAGAAGGUGUUCGACGUUGCGGUGCUCCACACGGCCCCGCCGUUGCCCGGGAGCCGUGUCGGGGUCGCCGUAUAUCGAUUCACGGAGAAGAGAAGGCGACGAUGACACGGGCGAUAAUUUAGUUGCUCGCUUUUGAUCCUGAGUCGUUUAUAAGCUGUUCGAUGAAAUGCGGAUGAGAGAGAGAGAGAAGGAAAGCACCUACUUUUGUUGCUUGGAUAAACCAUUUCUCCUUCAAUUUGAUUCUGCCAGAUGAUAACGCAGCAGAUCAGAACGGGGAAAUAAUUUGGGCCAUAAAUGUUUUGUUUUUAAUUUGUUUCACAGUAACCCAGUAACCCUACUUUGGAUCCAAACUCAAAAAUUUUCAAAAUAAAUGUUUUGCAGUUUGAGUCUUUUAUGCCAUUUAUUUCCUUCCAAAUAUACCAAAUAUAUGUAGC